UGUUGUUGCCAGUACUGUAAUCAUGUGAACAGCCUCAACAUUGAUAACGACUUUCUAUGCUUCAAUCAGUGAGUGGUGAGAUCAGUUUGCUCGUGGAAAUGAAGCAGUUACCAGCUACAUUCGUGGAGGGCUUUCACGAUGAGGACUGUGUUAGAAGAAUGCAGUAUACACAAUUUGGUCGAACCGGCUUAAAAGUGUCCAAAGUUUCGCUUGGAACUGGUACGUUGAGUAAACUUUACGGUGAUUUGGGAGAAACCGAUGGAACCAAAGCGGUACGACUUGCACUGAAGAGAGGUAUCAAUUACAUAGACACGGCUCCUUUCUACGGUCAAGGUCGUUCGGAAGAGAUUUUAGGCCAAGCGCUUAGAAAUGUGCCCCGCCAAGCUUAUUAUAUUGCCACAAAAGUCGGUCGCUACGAAAAAGAGUACGAUACAAUGUUUGAUUUUAGCGCAGAGAAGACACGCGAAAGUGUUGAGAGGAGUUUACGAAUAAUCGGUGUUGAUUAUAUAGAUGUUGUUCAAAUUCACGAUGUGGAGUUUGCCGCCGAUUUGAAUAUCAUAUGGAAUGAAACACUGCCAGCUCUCGAGGAACUACGCAGGGAAGGAAAGCUCAAGUACAUCGGAGUAUCUGCCUAUCCACUGAAUGUUCUAAAAACCGUUAUUUCUGGAGCGCCGGGACGUUUUGAUACGAUACUUUCAUACUGCCGAAAUACGCUCUUCGAUGAAACGCUGGUGCAAUAUUUGCCGUUUUUUGAGGCAAACAAUUUAGCCGUAAUUUGUGCAUCCGGUCAUGGUAUGGGUUUACUGACCAAUGCUGGUCCGCAAGUAUGGCAUCCUGCAAACGACCAAACGAAGCGAGUUUGCCGAGAAGCGAGUGAAUUUUGUGAGAAGCACAAUGUAGAAUUAGGAAAAUUAGCUAUGUAUCAUUUCAUUCAACUGAGCGGUCCAGCCACAUUUUUGAGUGGAAUGCAAUCGGAAGCUCUUGUUCAAAUGAAUCUAGAUGCGUUUUACAAUGGUUUGAAUGAGAACGAGCACAGCGUUUUGUCUUAUCUCAAUGAAAGCAUAUUUCCAAAGAUAAAAAAUCAACAUUGGGAAGAUAUUGAGGUACAAAAAUACUGGAGUGUUCUAAAUUCGCUACAAAGCGCUGCGAGUGCUACAACGUGAAUUUAUGUCAAUCAUUUAUGACAACGAUUCGGGGAGUAAUAAAGAUCCAAUAAAUAUAAGCAGAAAAACAAAAGUUUGUCUGAAUACAAAAUAAGUACCGAAUAUGAAAGCCCGCACGUCAGUAAGUAUUGUGAACAGUUCCCACUAAUACGGAAGCUAUCCGUACAAUCGAACUGAAGUGCUUCGACAACAUUCGGACUAUGAUCCGGUUGCUGUACUGAAUAAGGAGGACGCAUUGUUGUGUUAUACAGCUGCAGCAUAGAUUAAGGAAUGGGACUUUUUGUACCAUUGCACAAUGGAGAUGUAUUUGAGUGGAAAUUAGC